UCAGUUGGGGCUGGAUAUUUCUUUUCCUCUCACUACAAAACUUUUUUGCUUAGCUGGAAAAGUGAGAGCUUGCACCUCUUGUUCUCUGCCUGGGAUUCUUGCUGGUUUACAGAGUGCGUGAUAUACAAGGCUGCAUGUCUUUAAAACUUGUUGAUUUUGGCUCCAGCCCUCAACAUGAAAUGGCUGAGUUACUACAGGAUAUUAGUUCCAAACAUCUGACGUGCUUUUAAAGAGUCCCCCCCAGAGAGGGCUGGGCAGCGGCGCAGCAUGCCCAGCGGGGUCAUGGAGAAAAAUCCCAGCAUGGAGCCCACCGCCACAACGCCAUUCCGUGUCACGGGGUUUCUCAGCCGUCGGCUUAAAGGCUCUAUCAAAAGGACAAAGAGUCAGCCCAAGCUUGAUAGGAACAGCAGCUUCCGGCACAUUUUACCUGGCUUCAGGAGUGUGGACAAUGAAAGAUCCCAUCUAAUGCCGAGGCUGAAAGAAUCACGCUCUCACGAGUCUUUGCUCAGCCCCAGUAGCGCCGUUGAGGCUCUGGAUCUCAGUAUGGAGGAAGAAGUGGUCAUCAAGCCAGUUCACAGUAGCAUUCUGGGGCAGGACUAUUGUUUUGAGGUGACGACUUCAUCAGGAAGUAAAUGCUUCUCCUGUCGCUCUGCAGCAGAACGAGAUAAAUGGAUGGAGAACCUGCGGCGUGCCGUGCACCCAAAUAAGGACAACAGCAGAAGGGUCGAGAAUAUGUUAAAGUUAUGGAUUAUUGAAGCCAAGGACCUGCCAGCCAAGAAGAAGUACUUGUGUGAAUUAUGCCUGGAUGACGUUCUUUACGCACGAACUACCUGUAAAUUGAAAACUGACAACGUCUUUUGGGGGGAGCACUUUGAAUUUAAUAACCUCCCAUCACUCAAAACCAUUACAGUGCACUUAUACAAAGAGACUGACAAGAAGAAAAAGAAAGACAAGACCAACUUCAUCGGACAGGUGAAUAUCCCCAUGGGCUCCAUAACGGGGCGGCAGUUUGUGGAGAAGUGGUACCCUGUAGUCAGCCCCAAUCCCAGCAAGGGCAAGUCUGCAGGGCCUAUGAUCCGCAUCAAGUCACGCUACCAGAGCAUGAGCAUCCUCCCCAUGGAGAUGUACAAGGAGUUUGCUGAGUACAUCACUAACAAUUACAUGGUGCUGUGCUCAGUGCUGGAGCCUGCGCUGAGUGUGAAGAACAAAGAGGAGAUGGCCUCUGCACUGGUCCAUAUUCUGCAAAGCACUGGGAAGGCCAAGGAUUUCUUGACUGACCUGAUGAUGUCCGAAGUUGACCGCUGUGGUGAAAAUGAGCACCUCAUUUUCCGAGAGAACACGCUGGCCACGAAAGCCAUCGAGGAGUACCUGAAGCUGGUGGGGCAGAAGUACUUACAGGAUGCCUUAGGGGAAUUCAUCAAAGCUCUGUAUGAAUCAGAUGAAAAUUGCGAGGUGGACCCCAGUAAGUGCUCAUCCUCAGACCUUCCUGAACAUCAGAGCAACCUGAAAAUGUGCUGCGAGCUGGCCUUCUGUAAAAUCAUCAAUUCUUACUGCGUCUUCCCAAGGGAACUCAAAGAGGUCUUUGCUUCAUGGAGACAAGAGUGCAGUAACCGUGGCCGGCCAGAUAUCAGCGAGCGGCUCAUCAGUGCCUCCCUAUUUCUCCGGUUCCUCUGUCCGGCCAUCAUGUCCCCCUCCCUCUUUAACCUGCUCCAGGAAUACCCCGAUGACCGCACUGCGCGCACGUUGACCCUCAUUGCCAAGGUCACACAGAACCUCGCCAACUUUGCAAAGUUUGGCAGCAAAGAGGAGUAUAUGUCCUUUAUGAAUCAGUUUCUGGAACACGAAUGGACUAACAUGCAGCGAUUUCUGUUGGAGAUUUCCAAUCCAGAAACCAUCUCGAACACAGCUGGCUUUGAAGGCUACAUUGACCUGGGCCGGGAAUUGUCCACUUUGCACUCUCUACUAUGGGAGGUCAUUUCUCAGCUCGAGCAGGGCACUGUAACGAAACUUGGACCCCUGCCUCGGAUUCUGAGGGAUGUCAACACGGCGCUCAGUAACCCGGCGUGUGUGCAGGUCUCCGUCACAGCCGACCAUGCUGCAUCGACUCCAAAUGCUGGCAACAGCAUCUCUGCGGGGCUACAGAAAAUGGUGAUAGAGAAUGACUUAUCUGGUCUGAUAGAUUUCACACGGUUACCGUCUCCAACCCCUGAAAACAAGGACUUGUUUUUUGUCACAAGGUCUGCUGGGGCUCAGCCCUCGCCCGCCCGAAGCUCCAGCUAUUCGGAGGCCAAUGAGCCCGAUGUGCAGAUGUCCAAUGGCAGCAAGAGUAUGUCUAUGGUGGACUUGCAGGACAAUCGGAUUUUGGACAGUGGGGCAAAUGCACCCGGGGCCGCUGACUCCCUCAAUGACAGUCAGUCAUCUGUCGGACCGUUACAGGGCAUAUGGACCACACGAACUCAGCAGAACAAUGUGACUGGCAUGGCCACGGUGCGCAGGGUAGGCCAGAUCCCCACCACACCCAACGCCGAGAGCGCGCCCGGCAGGCCCCAGCUUUUAGCACCUUUAUCGUUCCAGAACCCGGUGUACCAGAUGGCGGCCGGGCUUCCGCUGUCCCCCCGGGGCUUGGGGGACUCUGGCUCUGAGUGCCACAGCUCCCUGAGCUCCCACAGCAACAGUGAGGAGCUGACGGCCAACAAGCACGGCUUUGUCAACCCUGCUGGGAGUGAGGACUUCACCCGGCGGACGGGGGAGCUGGCCCGCCGGCAGCUCUCUCUGACAGAGAAAGGUGGCCAGCCCACCAUGCCCCGGCAGAACAGCGCCGGCCCCCAGAGGCGAAUAGACCAACCGCCCCCUCCCCCGCCACCAGUCACCAGGGGCAGGACGCCGCCCUCGCUGCUGAACACAGUUCAGUACCAGAGACCAUCCAGCGGGAGCAUGAUGUCCUCCUCGCCCGACUGGCCAGGCAGCGGGGCUCGCCUCCGCCAACAGUCCUCCUCCUCCAAGGGCGACAGUCCCGAGAUGAAGCAGCGCACCAUGCACAAACAGGCCCCUUCUCCUGUGAACCCCAAUGCCCUGGACCGCACUGCUGCAUGGCUUUUGAAUAUGAACAUGCACUUUUUAGAAGAUGAAAGCAUUGACCCAGAUUCCAAGCACAGGGAUAAGCUCAGGAAUAAGGACGAGCUCAGCCAAGCAGAAAAGUACCAGCAGGACCUGGUGGUGCUGCAGGACAAGCUCCGUAUCUCCAACAAGAAGCUGGAGGACUAUGAAAACAGAUUCAAAUGCCAGGAGGAGACGACCCAGAAACUGAUGCUGGAGUACCAGGCCAGGCUGGAGGAGAGCGAGGAGCGGCUCCGCAGACAGCAGGAAGAUAAAGAGAUUCAGAUGAAGGGGAUCAUCAGCAGAUUGAUGUCGGUCGAGGAGGAAUUAAAGAAAGAUCACGCGGAAAUGCAGGCGGCAGUCGAUUCCAAACAGAAGAUUAUUGAUGCCCAGGAGAAACGUAUUGCUUCACUGGAUGCGGCCAACGCACGGUUAAUGAGUGCCCUUACUCAGCUGAAAGAGAGGUACAGCAUGCAGACACGUAACGGGAUCUCCCCCACAAACCCAACUAAAUUACAGAUUACAGAGAACGGAGAAUUCAGAAACAGCAGCAAUUGUUAACCCGCGGAGGGAGCUGCUGCAGGAGAGGAGGCCUGGCCUGAAAGACUGCGCAGCAGCAGGGGUGAGCCGUGCUUCAGAGAAUGGCUGCUGUCUUUCCCCCCGCUCCCCAAGGAACCAGCUCCUUACUGCAGAUGGCGCACAUGACUGCUCCUUGGUGGGAGACACCAACGCCAGCGAGUUGAGAGGACCAAAAGACCGAGUUGUGUGAAAUGUGUGGAAAAAGGAGAGCUCCGCAUAUGGGGGGAUUGCUGUCACGGGUGGAUUUAAGUCAGUGUUUAAUGUUUAACCUUUUCCUUCUCAAACUGCCCAAAGGACGCUCCUCCUGGCCCAUAAUAAUGGCCUGGGCGUGCCAGUAAGCGGAAUAAAGGGGUCUGGGAAAGCCUGUGCCAGGUCCACUCAGGUUAGCUUCAGUGGUGGGUGUCUGCUGGUAAAAGCUCAGUGGAGGAUGAGAAUGUAUUGUUGUGAGAUGCACUUAGUCUAAUUCCAGCCCACGUCAGGAAAUGCUCUGCCAUGGCACUUAGUUUGCUCGGUGGGUCGUUCUGUGUAGCUUCACGUCGAGGUGGCCACAGCACAUCCCUCCUGUGUGCCACUUGGAGUACGCUCCAUGCAUUGGUCCAUGAACGAGUGCCUUUCCCCGGCAUUGUUCAGUAGGGGAGAUGUCCUGUGCCAUGCUGGAGGUAGUGUGCCACUGACCGUUUGACGCUCACACAAGAGAAUUGGGCUUUGAAUGAACUCGGGAGAGCAGGGUCUGACGUGCAAGGUGUGCAGGGUGGUAGCCAAAGGAAUGCCAGCACAGAUAGACAACAGUGCAGGUUACUGGGAGGGGAGUGAAUAGCACUUUAGCAAGAUUUGCUGGGCUACGCAGUGUCACAGCAAGCGUUACCUCUGUAGGACUCCGGCGCUCACUGGAGAGUCCAGCAUAUUACACCUAAGAUGGCACCUUGCGGCAAGAGAACAGCGGUCUGUAUUUGCUUUACCUUUUGCCAACCUACUAGUCAGAGGUCAAGCCAGUGCAGCUGGUGCAGGCUUGUGUCCAAGGCAGUGGGACUGUUGUACGCCAGCAGAGAAGGGGAGCUGGUGUUCUCGGGAUGGUUUCUUCAUUUCUAGAUGCAGCUGCUUCUCAGCAAUCUAAGGAGGGGAGGGAGGGGCACACUGGCUUGUCACAAAUAUAACACAAUGAGAAGUUCCACACGAGUAGCAUCCCACUAAACUUCCUGUUAUUGAACACAGCAAAUAUCACAUCUGCUCAUCUCGCCCAGGUGCUUAGCCAUUGGGUUGUGAAGUGUGGGUCGUUAGCCAAAAAUCACUCAGAAGAAUGUUGUGAAGCCCCAUCACGAUUCAUGGAGUGGAAUUGGGUUGACACCAGUAUUUGUUUAGGAUGUGGCUGCUUGCUCGGAAGAGGAAGGGUUAUUUGUGGGGCGGGGGUGGUGCUAUAUGCAAAGGUGUGUGCAAAAGUCAGAGAAAAGAAAAACCUUGAAGAAGCAUGAAGGUUGGUAAUUGUAUUUCUUUUCUUUCACAGUAUGCAUUAGAAAAAAAUACAGCCUAUUUUCUGGAAUACUGCCCUCUUUAGAUUGGGAAUGAGCACUGCAUGGAAAUUAACAGCCUUGAAGAAUGUAAAACAUGCUCAUAAGGGAAUAACCAACAAGAACAGCAGCAGCCACCGAAAUUCCCAUGGUCAGGAGGCACUGUGCAGACAUAAGCCAGGAUUAGACUUUCCUAACUGCUGAAACAAGUAGAUUCGGCACAUUCAGACGUGUGUUGCUCAGCGGAGGGGCCAUCUCCUUAGCAGGGGAUUAUGCCACUGACCUGCCACCAGUGCAGGUUGGUUGUUUUUUUUAAAGUUAGUCCUUCGUGAUUCCCAGUCUCAGAACAGGUCAUUAAUACUGAGACCUAGAGAGAUGGUUUCUCUGAGACAUGGAUGCCACUGUACAGUGUAUAGGACGUCUGCCUAUUCCUCCCAUUAAGAGCAUAUACUUGCUGUAUGCUUGUCCUAGUUUGCCCAGUACCGUGUUUAAAUGUACACUCAGAAGGGACUAGGAUACUGAAUUGUGCAUAGGCUUAGGUACCAACUCCACAGUAUCUAGUCUGUGCUAGCAGGACACUGUUUGCAUUUCUGUGUUGUCCCGCAGCUGCAAAUCCUAAAAAGAUUCACUGUGGAGGGGAUUAUUUUAAAGUUAAAGCUGCUUUUUUCUAAAAGCUUCUCUUCCACGGAAGCCCCAGCCCAGGUCACACAGGGCUGCACCUUCUGCAGCUCCGGAUCUUGGAUGGUUGACGGUUUGUCUGCGCUCGAAGCUCUCCACACGCAAGGAAUGCCGUCCCAUCUCUUGAUUUAAAUUCAGUGUGGCAUGAACGUAAAACCAAAAAGAGGAGCUCCUGAGAGCCAAGUGACCAUUGAAUAUUGGAGAAUGAGCACAAAUGGCUUUGAAGAAGCUCACAAAACUGACAGCCCCAGGAGAAAGACCCAGACAGGUUAGGAGUAUACAGGGUACUAUGAACAAUUUGGUACAUACGCUUACAUCUGCCUUUGUCUCAGUGUCAAAUAUCUUUAAAGAACCCUGCAAAAAAAAGACUCUUUUUAAACAGCUGGUACCUGGAGAUGUACUUUUAGCUCUGGUUAUUUUUUUAGGGUCUGAAAUAUUCCUCCUGUGAAAGAUGGAAGCUGUUUCACAUAGAAUGCUAGGCAGGGGUGGUGGACGGGUGUCCUAGCAGGGACUGAUUUCCAUUCUUACACGGAAACUUCAGGGAAUUGUUUUUGGAUGCAAAUUCAGUGCUCGCCCUAAGAACUUGCAGGGGGACCCCCCCCCCGCCGAAACAAUUGUCUAUUUAGAACUGAAGCUAAGUACUAUACAUCUUAACCUACUCCUCAGCCCUGAGCCAAUCCAUUGCUCCAUUCACUUUACAGGGACUACAUUACAAAGUCUUGGUUAACACCAGAAUCUCAGUUAAAGCGUGCACGUUGUGCUGCUGGCGUAACAGAAAACCUAAACCCUUCCACAGGGAGUUAUUUAAAACUAACAUUUCCAGAUCCGAUACCUUCUGAUGUUCUGUAGUUUCCUGAGCCAGUAUGAAAAGGAACUCAGUCCCAGAAGAAAUCUCUUCUUUGAAGAGAUGCCCCCUAAACUGCCAAACAUGGGAUCCGGAUCUGGCGCUUUGGCUCAGGCCCAUCUCUAACUGUGUUACUUCAGUUUGUGGUUUUAUUUAUAAGCUGCACACCAGUGUGGGACUGUGAGUGCAAUGCCUAUCCUCAAGCCUGGUGUUUCGCAUAGCAAUACCAGAGACAAUGUGCAGAGGUGCUCCCAGCGACAGAGAGUAAAACCACCACUCUACUGACCGUCAUGCGACCUGCUGUUUUGCUUCUCGUGCUUUCUGCGACAAGAGCCUAUUCUAGUGCUAAAAGUGUAAACAAAACAAACAUUCACAGAUUUUUAUCUUGAUGCAAGUCUUACAAUUUUUUGUAUAUGUUCUUGGUGUUUGACUGUAAUGUACCUAUUCACCCAACAGUUGUAUAUAGUAAUUUACUUCUGGUGCUGCUUAUUUGGUCAGGAUUUGAGUGUCUCUACUGCUGGUUUGUUUGAGUUUUUUUGUUUUGUUUUUAAACAGAGGUGGGCUCAAGUAAGCAAAUUCAGAUCUGGGUUCAGAUUUCAGCUGCCCCUUGGGAUGGAACCAAGGUUUUGAUUUGGGGUGAUGGAGAGAAAACGCAUGAGGCUUUGGGAUGUGACCUAUCCCACGGUUGCUACACGCUGUAAGUCUAAUACAACGGGGGUUGUGCUUUAAGUUCAGAGCCAGAAGCUCCUACCAACUACAACAGUUUAGUAACCAAAAACUUCUUCCCAUCCCCCCCAUAUCUAUUAAGCAGAACUAUCCUCCACCCAAACAGGUCCUUGGAAUUCUGCACUGUGGUUUUUGCUUGUCGCUGGUCGAGCACUCCUGGCGUUGUGAGCAGUGUCCUGGCUCCCCCCACCUGGGUACAGCUGUGUAACUUACUGCUGGCUCAGGACACACAAGGUUAUGCUGAAUCAAUAGACUGGAGGUCUCCCCAGGCAUGUGAUAGGGAUUUGCUGAACCAGGGUGACAAUAGCUGUGCUUCAUUAGUUCCACAAGCUCAUUGCCUUUCUGUAACCAUAAACUCUUCCCCCCCCCCCUCCGCCCGGGAAGAAAACCAAGCAAAGGUACAGAGGGGAACAACCCUGCACUGAUCUCCAGGGUCUGGCCUCCCCACAGAUCACCUCUUGGGUCUUUUCCAGCCCCGUUCUGGCAUGCUGCCUUCAGGGCAAGCUGGGACUCCAACUCUGCCUUUCCAGUUCUGUAAUCUGAAGUGAGUGCAGCUGCUGUUCCCAAGUGAUUCCUUGAACUGCCCCAGAUGGGAGGCUGUUCACUUCUAGCCAGAUACUGUGUCUGUGCUAAUGCCCCCCCCCCCAUUUUGGGUCAGCCCCGGGCACCCUUGGGUGACUGCUUGUGCAGAGAAGAGCUGUCAUUUUCUUUUCUUGGAGGGGGAGUGUCUCUCAUUUGGGCCAGAGAGAAACCUGUUCAUUUGCUGAGCAGGGUCUUUCCAAACCAUGGACAGUCUACAAAAGUCCUAAAAUGCUGGCGCUUUGGAGCAGGGGUUUGGUUUCGCCAGUUGACUUUCACGGGUAAUGUGAGGUGUGACAUUGCUGUAAAUUUUAGGUGGUUCUACAUCAACUAUCGGUACCCAAAGUGCAGUCUCCAUGGUCACAUAUUCCUUUAUCAUCCAUCACUGUGUCUUAAGAUAUACCUCUCUCUCUGUAUAUCUGCUUAGGCUGAUACUUGUUCCUGAUCAGCAGUUGCUAUGUUUUAUAUCCUCUUAUGAAGAAAAAAAACAAAAAAAUUUUUUGUAAGUAUGUUUAAAAACAAAGCAAAGUGGAAGUGUUUGCUGAAACUCCUUCGGCCUCUUUUAAACUAUGUAAUAAUGUACAGAGAACGUUGUUGGUGUUCAAAGAAAUGAUGUGGACGUGCAAUUUCUGUACAUUUGCAAUUAGAAAUAUUAAAGAUUUAUUUAGCUAUUUUA